AUGUGGUGGCCAUUUGGCUCGUCAAAUGACAACAAAUCGCUGAUACCUAGACAACCAGAGGACAUAACACCCGCUCAGCAACAUGCUGUGGAAAAGUUACCAGCACGCGUCAAGCAAGAAAUAUCGCGGGAAGAGCAAGCAAGCCUUGAUUUCGCAGAACUACUGAAAGAGAUCGAGAUAGAGCAAGCGAAAGCAUUAGACCAACGAGUGCAUGGGAAACAAGACGGAAAAUCUCAAUCGACGCCUAUUCCUGCAGAUAUCUCUCCAGAUGCGCUGUAUCCUACAGAGAUAUCGUGCCGAUCUGCACUUGAUUAUGCCAUGUUCUGUCAGAGCUUCGGUGGUCAGUUCGUGAAUGUGUAUCGGUAUGGAGAGUUCAGGAGCUGUAAGAAUCACUGGUCUGAUUUCUGGCUGUGUAUGAGAACAAGGAAUUGGGAAGAGAAGGACAGAGUAAAGGCUAUACAAGAUCAUUACAGGAUGAAGGCAGUCAAAUGGAAAACUGGUCCGAGCAGUGAGGAUAUUUGGGAAGUAAGGACUGAACCUGUAAAGGAUGCCUUCCAAGACAGUCUAGAAGAGCUAGAAGCUAAGAUUGCAGAUUGGAAGCAGGCACAUCCGGACGUGUCUGAUCCAUGGGACAAGCGACAAGGUACUACUUUCGCUAAUGCUCCCCCAUCUACAUGA